AUGCGAUUCCUUUGCCUUCCAGGCGCGUUUAACAACGCAAAGACAUUCGAGGCACAGCUCAAGCCAUUAUGUGAUAUCCUUGAAUCCGACGAAAGUGCUACCUUCCACUUUGCAGAGGGAAACGUCCUCGUCGACAUACCCCAAGAAUAUACAGGCUUUUUUGGACCACCACCAAACUACGCAUUCUUCGAGGUGAAUAACCGGGACGCCGUUCUCCAGCAUAUCCGACAUUUCCCACGUGGCGAAACCCCUGAAAGUACUUUGCGCUCUAUUACAAAGCAAUCUGUCUCUUCCUCGUUCCAGAGUGUUCGGUCUGCCCUCGACUACCUGACUCAGCUUCUUGAUAAGGAGCCGGAUAUAGAUGGCGUCAUUGGGUAUUCUGAAGGAGCCCGUGUUGCCGCUUCACUGAUAUUGGACGAGAACCAGAGACAGAAGGAUUCGGGGCGGACUCCUCAUAUUAAAUGUGCGAUAUUUAUUGGAGGAUGGCAGCCUGUUCAUCCUGUUUCCGGUGGUGAUGUGUACGCAGAUGAGACGGAAGAAAGGAUUGAGGUUCAUACCUGCCAUGUCCUUGGCAGUAAUGAUCCAUAUAUCGAUGCUUCACUGGCACUGUAUAACCUUUGUAAUCAGGAUCGUGCGGAUCUAUUUGAUCAUGGAGCCGGGCAUGUUCUUCCACGCGAGAAGGCAGCUUUGGAGGACCUUGCUGAUGUCGUUCGAAACAUGAUCACGGAUGCAAAUGAGGUUAGUUGAUACUAUACAGAAGGAAAAGUUUUCGUAAUGAUUUUGGCAUCAGUCAAUUCAACGCGUUUCUGUAUCCCAACAGCAAAUUGCGAGGGUUUCACAUUCGAA